GUGAAUUGUUUUCAUACAAACAGCUGAGUUGUGUGAAGGGUGCUUAUCUGUAGUUGAAGCUGUGUCUCACGACGAGUGAAAGAGGCACACCCUCCGUCUGUCUGGAGGCUCUGUAGACUCUGUUCAGAUUCCAGAUGAAUCCGAUCUCACUACUACACAAACUUUCAGCGAUGCUUUGAAAAACCUCCUGACUGUUAGUCGUCCGCUCCUACAGGAAUAUAACUGGACCCUGCAGGUGGACAGAGACACAACGGGAUGGCCAGUGUGCUGUGCCGUAGAGCAAGGCUGGUCAGUUACCUCCCAGGACUUCAUGUGCUGGUGCAUCGUGUGGCAGGAGCCAGAGCCUUUUCUGCUGCGGGUUCCUCAGGCUCUGAUGAACCACACGUAGCCAUCACUCCAUCUGAUAUGGGACUGCGGACAGUGUGGCCUGAUGAGAGCAUGGGGCCUUUUGGGCCCCAGGACCAGCGCUUCCAGCUGCCUGGUAAUGUAGGCUUUGAAUGCCACAUGGAAGGAAUAACAAAGAAGAAAGAGACUCUGGCAAACAAGAUGGUCCCUGAUGUGCUGUCAUUCCUGUCCAGUAGUGAGAGACAUGAGUUCAUACUGGCCCAGGUCAUUGUUGACUUUGACAAAGACGUCCCAGCCUCGUCUCAGAGUGUCAGUAGAGCUGAACAGUACUUUGAUAAUUCCAGUGUGGAGUGUGCUAUACAGUCCUGUCCGGAGCUACUACAGAAAGAUUUCCAGUCCAUGUUUCCUGAGGCUCCAUCCUCUGGUAUGAUGGUGGUGACAGUAACCCAGAAGACCAAGAAUGAUAUGACAUCAUGGUGUGCUGAUGUGGAGGAGGAGAGAGAGAAGAUGCUUAGCAAGUUUGUGGAUGGAGCCCAGGAGAUCUGCUGUGCGCUGCUAAAAGAAGGAUUCUGGGCAGACUUUAUCGACCCAUCCUCAGGACUGGCGUUCUUUGGCUCGUACACCAACAACACACUGUUUGAGACCGAUGACAGGUACCGUCACCUGGGUUUCCAGAUCGAGGACCUGGGCUGCUGCAGAAUGAUCAGACACACUCUGUGGGGGACACACGUUUUUGUGGGGACAAUAUUCACAGACGCACCACCCAGCAGCUUUAUUAUGAAGACGCUUCAGGGCAGCUGAACAUAAGUUCAGGGACUUCUGGACUGCUAUUAAAUCUGUUUAAAUCCCUUUCUUGAGUGUUGGGUGAUUGUUUUCAAACACAAUUAUUUAAGAACAUCAUAAACUGACCAUUACCUUUGUAGAACAUUUGUUUCAAUUUGAGCUUAUAUUGAUUUAUAUUUAUAGAUUUAAGUGUCACAGGAAAAUGCUGCUGUAAUCACAAUAAAAUGUUUCUUGACUAAA